UGAAAAACCAGUUUUUAAAUUAUUUCGAUAUUAAAACCAAAAAAUGUAUCACAGUACUGGGCAAACUGAAUUAUAUGCAGUAGAAAAAGUGCCCUUUAAGUGGGUUAUAAGCAAUUUCAGUUAUUGUUCAGACGAAACAGGCGAUUUUAUUCAAUCAUCAGCAUUUCCAUUGGAAACAAAAAGUGAAAAAUGGUGCCUCAGAAUUUAUCCAGGAGGACUGGAUGCGGCGUGUAAAAAUUACAUUUCCUUGUACCUAAUGUUGGUAUCCAGCUACAAAACAACAGAAGUGAAGGCCACAUUUCAAUUCAGCCUGAUAAAUGCCGACAAUAUGAAAAUCAUUACAAUGAAAUUUCAACAGCCUCAAACUUUUGUCCAAGGAAAAGAAUGGGGUUUCAGAAAGUUCAUUAAACGCAAUUAUUUAUUCAAUAAAUCUUAUCAGCUCCUACCAAAUGACGUAAUUACUAUAUCAUGUGACGUUACUUCUUUGGAUCCUAAUAAAUUCAAAAUUGCACCUCAAUCCGAUCAAAUUGAAAAGACAUUAUUAUCAGUUGACUGCGAGCUAUCUAAACAUUUUGAAGACUUAUUCGAAAAUCAGAAACUCACCGACAUUACUUUUUGCAUUCAAGGCAGGCAACUUAAAGCCCAUAAAACGAUUUUGAUUUCAAGAAGUGAAGUGUUUCGAGCCAUGUUUGAAAGCGACAUGGAAGAAAGCUUAACCAACAAAAUAGAAAUAACUGAUAUUGAAUAUAACGUCUUUAAAGCAAUGCUAGAUUUUAUCUACACAGACAAAACUCCAAAUUUUAACAUGGCUAGAGAGCUUUUGGUGGUUGCGGACAAAUACGCUGUGUAUCGCCUAAAAGCCUUGUGCGAAAAAAAUAUAUUUACCAAUAUAAGCACAGAAAAUUCGGCAGAAGUUUUAAUUUUAGCAGAUUUACACAGCUGUGACUAUUUAAAGUGCCAAACGUUAGAUUUUAUUGUUACUUUUGCCAAAAUCAUUAUACAUACGGAAGGAUGGAAGAGCUUGGAGAAAACUCAUCCACGUCUUAUUGCAGAGGCCUAUACGGAAAUGGUUAACAGGCAAAUUAAAUGAAAUCUUGUAUAAUAUUCCGUUAUUGUUAAUUUUAUAAUUUAGUUAGGGUAACAUUAUUGACGAAACAUUUUCCUUAAAUCAAGAUGUUGAUGGGAAAGAGGCACGUUAAAUGAAAAUGUUGCUAAAUAUAUUGUGAUUUAUUGUUAAAAAGUUUUGUAAUUUGUUGUUAAUUUUUGUAUCAACAAAUAUUUGGAGAUAUUUGGUUAUUACUCUGAGG